AUGCCGAGCACAUCACGUCGAACAAAGCGACCCCAAAAACGAACCCAAGUGACCGACGAUAACGGCUGGACCCAUGUGACAAGCGGCGGCAACGUGCGGCGCGUAAUGCGCAGCAGGCCAGACAGCACAAAUGGAACAUCCACCGACCCAUCCUUUGAGCCUGUGCUAGCUCCUGCAGAGGCACCAGGUCGACUGACAAUCACUGAGCUGCAGACGCAAUAUCGAGAGCAUAGUGAGAAGUGGGAAGGGUCGGAGACUUGGGUCAAUUUGGCGGGGGUGUUGCAGAAGAAAUUGAGAGAGAGAGGGAGUGAACGAGCUUUUACCUCUCCUGGUCCAACUUCUUCUCUUUCCGAGUCUUCUUCUACUUCUACUUCCUGUCGGUCUGAGCCGGCCUAUGGCCCUGUGGACGCCAUUGUAUGCAUUGGCCUCGGGAGUCCGAGUGGGUUCCUGCGUGAUGGCUGGACUGAUAGGCGGAGUGUGUCUAUGUACCAGCUUGCUGCCUUGGUAAGCAUCAAGGACAUGGUUACAGCCCAAAUGGAAGAAACCUCCCACUCCCAGAUCCAGCCUGUUAAAGUCUACGCCCAAGACCCCGUCUUCAACCACCUGGAUAAGACCCUCCUCGCAGAUCUCGAUAUUGAAGUUCUCGCCCACCCCCAAGCCUUCACACACAUAACACAUAACACACUUCUCUUCUGUCCAGGCGCAGAGAAGAAACACCUCGAACUCCUCCUACCUUCCAAGCCGUGGCUGGUCUUUGGUGGCCCGCUUGAGCAUGCGACUGCGGAUGCUGGUGGGGCUUUGCAGACUUUCGUUGAUGCCACUGGUUCAUAUUGUCUGCCUGAAUUUGGGCCCUUGGAGCAUGCUUUUUGGAACAUGAGGCUAUACUGGGUUGAAGGGGAGACGGUGGAGAAGCAGAAGGAGUGA